AUGUUUGAAAAUAUUUUGCUUUCAACUUUUUUAGUAAGAUUCUGUAUAUGUUCGUUUUAUUAUUUAAUAAUAGAAUUAGUUGACGAAAAUAUAUCAUACAUUAAUUCUACUCAUGGUAAACGGCAAUUAAUCUUUCAUGGAGCAAGAUUUUGUGUAAAACAAAAAAAUUUAAGUUCAGUUUUAUGGAGAUGUAUCAAAUCCAAUUGUUCUGCAAGUAUUUCUAUUUCAAACAAUAAUACUAUAUUACGAAUAAAUGAAAAUCAUAAUCAUCUUAUUGAUCCAAAUGACAUUAAAAUCUUGGAACUUCGACACAAAUUAAAGCAUGAGGCACAAAGCACUUCAGCAACAAUUGAUACAAUAGUUGAAGUUGGUUAUUCGAAUAUGAUAACUAAAGAGAAAAUGACUGAUUCAAUUGUAAAAUUUCCUACAAUAAAAACAUUAAAAAAUACUGUUGGUAAACAACGUCGACUAAUUAGACCACCAUUACCAAAAUCUAUCAAAGAUUUACCCUCUCAAAUACCAAUACUAUAUACACUCACUAAAAAUAAUGCAAAUUUCCUUUUAUUUGAUGGGUGUUUAGGUGGAAAAAGAGGUUUGAUAUUCGCAUCUGAAGAUGAUAUUAAAUAUUUGGCAUAUCAAAAAUUUUGGUAUGCUGAUGGAACGUUUUACACAUCCCCCUCAAUCUUUUAUCAGAUCUAUAGUAUACACGCCUUCGAUGAAGGAUUAUCAACUCCAUGUGUGUAUGCACUUCUUAGUGAUAAAUCAGAAGCAACAUACUAUGAUUUAUUUUCAACAUUGAUGAAGAAAAUAAUCGAAAUAUCAAAUAUGAUUCGACUUGAAUCUAUUACCAUUGAUUUUGAACUUGCCGUAAAAAAUACAUUUUGUAAACAUUUUCCACAUGUUACAGUAAGAAAAUAUUUUUUUAAAAUCUAGUUGUUUUGAAUCUUGCUGUAUAAAACAUUCACUUCCGGUAAUUUCAUCCCUUGAAAUGCUUCAAUACCAAAAUUACAUAGGAUGUUAAAAAGAUUCUGAGAAUUAUUAAUAUUUCGUCAAUAAGAAGUACAUUGUCUUUACUUAUCUAUACCAAGCUUUAUAAUACGUUAUAGUAAAGUUCAAUGGCAAGCUAAAUUAUCUUUUGAAGAAUGUUUUUAUAUUCAUCGAUAUAUAUCAAACAGAUUCGUCUUCUAUUAUUAGAUUAAAUUUGUUGCAUACAAAUAGAUUACGAAUCUAGUAGAAUAAGCGAUCUUCUCAGUAUUUUAUCUCUAACGUUUUUGUUUCAUCGAAAAGAGAUAAAUUUAUCAUAGUCAGAUGGACUGCAUAAUUCACCACAAUGUGACUUAUUUUAUCUUGGCUAAAUACCGUUUACCAUACUUUAGAUCGAAACGGUUUCAGUUACACAAAUUAAGAGCACUUUCCACAAAUAGUUAUUGUAUAGUUUUUCCUAAUAUCGCAUUAUUUGCCAUUUCUUACUAGCUUUUAUUGAUAGUUUGUUUUAGGCUAGAAGUAACCUGAGUUUACACUUUUUCCAAAGAUGUCUAGCGUUUCCUAUUUGAGUUGAAUUAGUUAUUGUCGA